GUGACUUUUCAAUCUGUGAGCCGUUGCCUAAUUCUGCGAGAAUAAUUGGGGAUCUAGGGUUUGGGGGGAGUUGGUGCUCGAGCUGUAGCCGCCGCCGCUGCUGCCGAUGAUGUUGCGAGGAGGGAGGGUGAUGCGUUUGGCCUCUCGUCACCUGGGCUCCCAUGGCUUCAGCACCGAGAUAUUUGUGAGCAGGUUAUCAUUUUACACAACGGAGGAAGAAUUUAAAAAGGUCUUCUCACCAUUUGGCGCUAUUGAGGAAGCUCGGUUAGUGAGAGACAACCAAACUGGAAGGCUGAAGGGAUUUGGUUUUGUAAGAUAUUCAUCAGAAGAGGAGGCACAGAAAGCUGUCAAGGCAAUGGAUGGAAGGAUUCUACGCGGCAGACUGAUUUUUGCAGAGAUGGCAAAGGAACAUGGCACUGGAUAGUUGAUAGGUCAGGUUUUAUCUGCAUCAUUGCUGAACUACAUCUGUUUUUGGGCCGAAGGCACUCUCUUUGCAUCUUGCUAUCAGGAACAAGACCGGAUAGCGACGGCAUGCCUAUCAUGUUAUCCAAACAGCCAUCUGUUUUUUUGUUGUUGCUAGAAGCAGUUAUGUUUCAUGAGCAAAUUCAUUUGCUACAAAGAGGAAAUGUGUAGCUAAUUUGUUUGCGUUGGCUCUUGAAUUCAGCAUGCAGGAGUAAUGUGAACCGGUCCCAAUAAGAUCAAGGCCUUCACCUCUGCCUUGACUGUUGACUCUGAUUGCUCAGCUUUCACUGGGCGAGCACGUGUCAAUGUCACAACUGCAUCAGGGCAGCUGUACAGUUGCUCCAGUUUCAGUUUUUUGCUGUCAUUUGCUUCGUUUUGUGUGCUUGUAAAACCUUUCGCCAUGUUGGGUUAUUAACUGCUCUGGUAAGAGCAAAAGGAAUUAGGGUACUCCCUCUGUAAAAUAUAUAUAUAUGAGAGUUUAGAUCAUUAUUUUAAUAAUCUGAAUGCUCUUGUAUUUCUUUA